AUGCAGGACUACGAGGAGUCAGUGUCGUUCCUGGGGACUUGGGGCCCGUUCCAGAAAAGAGUCUUCCUCCUGCUCUGUCUCACCUCAAUCCCAGGGGGAUACAACCUCCUGUCCGUCAUCUUCCUGUUGGCCGAGCCAUCACACCACUGCCACAUCCCCGCCCAAAGCAACCUGAGCCAGGACUGGAUCCAAGCCAGCAUCCCACUGCAGGUGGCAGGAGGACGGCUGGAGAGGAGCAGUUGCAGCCGGUAUGAGCUGGACCUGGUGCAGAACCUGUCUGCGGUCGGAGGCAAACCUGCCCUGAACUGGAUCCUUAACCAGUCCAGUGUAGAAGUCCUCGUGUCCAGCCUGAAGAGGGAGGGCUGUAAAGACGGAUGGACCUACAGUACAGAGCACUACGAGUCUACUGUAGUCAGCGAGUUCAACCUGGUGUGCAGUGACCAGUGGAAACAGCCUCUGACCUCGCUUUUCUACUUCCUAGGAGGACUCUUUGGAUGCUUCAUCUCUGGACAGAUCUCUGACCGGUUUGGCAGGAAGCCUGUUCUGUUUGGUGCCAUCUUCGUGCUGAGCCUCUUCAGCAGCGCUGUGGCCUUCGCGCCAUCAUGGCCCGUCUUCAUCGCGCUCUUCUUCAUGCUGGGCAUGGGUCAAAUCACCAGCUACAUUGCUGCGUUUGUACUGGGUUCAGAGCUCUUGAUGGGUUCGACGAGAGUUAUCUUCUCCAGCCUCUGCUUGCCUUGCGUCUACGUGAGUGCUAUGCUGCUGCUGCCUGUCACUGCCUACCUGGUGAGCAGCUGGAGACACCUGUCCCUGACCAUGGCUGUGCCCGGCCUGGCCUGUCUCCCCUUCUGGUGGCUGAUUCCAGAGUCCCCUCGCUGGUUAGUAUCUCGUGGUCGUUUCCAGGAAGCAGAACUCCUGCUGAGGUCAGCGGCUCUGCAUAACCGUGUUGAAGCUCCAUAUGUCAUCUUUAUCCCAGCUAACGUUGAAAAAGAAACAAGUGAGAAGGUAGAGUCUCCGAGCAUCCUGGACCUGCUGAAGACAGCAAACAUUCGAAAUGUUACACUAAUGCUGUGGAUCAUCUGGUUUUCUUUAAAUGUUAGCUUUUUCGGAUUGUCCUUCAACAUGUCUGCUCUCUAUGGCAACCCCUUCCUGAACUAUAUCCUGCUAACGGCUGUAGAGCUCCCAGCAUACACUGCCAGCUGGCUGGUGGCACGCAGUUUUCCUCACCGUCUGUCCUGUAUCAGCUUCACCCUGCUCGGGGCGCUAGCUCUGCUUCUCAUUCAGAUCACUCUGGACAGUAAUCCAGCUAUCACCCUGACACUGGUGCUGCUGGGUAAAUUUGGGAUUCUGGCCGGCAUCGCUGUGUUGUACAUAUUCACUAGUGAGCUGUCUCCCACAGUCAUCAGAAACACAGCCCUGUCUUCUUGUGCCAUGUUCUCCAGAGUGGGCUCCUCUGUUUCCCCAUACCUGCUGCAUCUGGCUGUGUUCAAUCAGUUCCUGCCGUGGAUCAUCGUGAGUUGUCUGUCGCUGCUCAGUGUUCUAGUCUGCUUCUUCCUGCCCGAGACUUUCAGAGAGCCUCUGAUCGACACCAUUGAGCAGAUGCCGCCCGUACAGCGGUUCCGAUGGCCAUGGGCCUCCACGCCUCCUGAUGAUGGGAAAUUAGCUAAAGACCAGACUACGGCACCUGAGAUCAUCUGCACAUCUCGCCUAUAAGACUCAAAACACACCAAUGGAUAAGAUAACACACUACAGUUGACACGUAAACUGCAAUUUACUUUAAUUGCAUACAGGGAGAGAUUGCUGCAAAAAUUAACAAAGGAGGAAACUGUUGAAAAGAUUUGUUGAAAAUGUAGACUUGCAGAAUGCUGGGUCGUUUUUUUCAUUCAAAUUAGCCUUAACUUUAAAUGGACAUGUAGAUCUAGUUUACUGUGCACUUGACAUAUAUGUGGCAACUAGUCUAAGUUGAAAAAUAUAUACAUUAUAAACAUGACUUUAAGGUGAAAGUUAAUUUGAUUGUACAUUCUGUACAGACUCCAGAAGACAAGAUGAAUGCUGCUCCUGUGGCAGCAGCAGCAGCAGCAGCAGCA